AUGUCGCUCCAUUCUGCAAGCAACUGCCUCAGGCCAGCAGUUCGGCAAUUGUCGUCUGCUUCACGAAGCUUCUCAACAACUCCGGCCAUUCUCUCCAACGCCGUCCCGCCUCAAUCCCCCUCCUACAUCCGACUUCCUUCCCCUCCUCAGUCCCAAACCGAUGAAGCCAAACCUCCGCGAGUAAGAGGCUCACUGCCAGUGCCGCGGCAAGUUUUCCCUCGGUCAGAGGGCGACCGCAAGAUCCAGCCCGAGUACAUCCAGAAGACUGCCCCCAGAUCGGCCAGCGAGCGAGAGCCUUCAAACGAGUCCCAACGAUGGAAGCGGGAAAUGGCCGAGACCCGAAGGACCAAUCUGGAACAAGGUCUCAAGGCCCUCUAUACACGGCGCGAAAAGAGUGACGCAGCCAGGAAUGCCCGUGUCAGCCGUAAAUUCAAGGAGCACAACGAGGCUGCUGCCGCGCCAGAACGAGAGGACGACCGACUCACACGAAGCACCGUCCUGGAUGCCAUUCUGGACACUCAAGUAUACCCAGACCCUGAGCGCUUCGCCCGAGCGCAGCGCAGCAAGUUCAAGGUUCAGGCCAAGGAAAAGGCCAAAUACGAAGCCCGACGAGAUGCCCUGAUGGAGCUGUACAUCAAUGCCUCCAACUUCAUCGUCCAGGAGAGCGAGCUCAAGGCCGAGAUUGAUGAGAUAUUCAGCGAGGACUACUUCAGGAAACAGAGCCAAUUCUUCCAGCGCUACGGUACAACCGAGAACUCUUGGGGCAUCUACGGCAAGCCUCCUUCCAUCGCCAACAUGCUGGAGACCACCACUGGCAAAUCAACCAAGCUUAUGGAUUACUACGAGUCUGAAUACGAUCGCUCCGUUAAGCGGCAAAAGAGGAUUGCUGAGGAGUUUACGGGAGGAAAGAUGGAGUAG